CGGGGGCCGGGAGGCGAUGGGGGAUGCUCCGUGUGCCGAGGGCAGGAGGGGCUUGUGCGGAGCCGGGAGGCAGCGGGGUCUGUCGCCAUGGGGGCGCUUGGGAUGGGAGGCAGCGGGGGGAACGCUGCUGGUCUGCAGGGGCCGGGAUGCUGCGGGGCAGGGAGAGCCGGCUGUUAGGGGGCUGGGUGCGGUGGGGCUGUCGGCACGGGCAGCCUUUGAGGAUGGGGCUGAAUACCGCAGAGUGCCUGGGCGCUGUGGGGCUGGGUGCUGCCGAGCCGGGGGAGCCGGGCGCUGCGGAGCCACAGGAGGGUGCCACAGGGCUGCGCCUGGCUGCCUGGACCCGGCAGCGUGAGGCCUCGCCUUUGCCUGGGGUGGGGCCAAAUCCAAGGAUCCGCACCCCUCGGCUGUGAUGUUGCCAGCGCUCUUGUCUGUGCUGGUGGUUGCUGUCCCAUUCCAUGGGCUCGGUGCCCCGCUGGGAUGUGGGGAUGGCCAUAGACAGGCGAGGGCUGGAUCCCAGUGCCUGGCUGGGCAGGGGAAAGUUGUGUGGCUCUACUGGAGCCUCAUCUCUGUGAUUGUGGUGCUGUGUUCAGGCAGGUGCCUGGGAACAGUGGGUCUUGCUCUAGAGCAGGCUGGCUGCCUCCACUGUGGGUUCCCUGCCCAACAGCUGCUGCUAUUGUAGGUGAGGAAGCUUCUCCGGGGGGCAGGAAGGUGCUGUGUCUUUGGAGGAAAGGGCUGACCUCAACACCUGCUUCUGGCUGCAGUAUUCUGUCUUUUACCACGCUGACAGCACAGGGAUGUGUGCCACCCAAAGGCUGCACCACAGGAGACUCUCCGUGUCACUCCCCCGGCCCCCUCCCCGCUGGGAAAGACGAGAUGGGACCAGAGAGCACCUGAGCCCAGAUGCUGAGGGGCCUGUGCCCCCUGCUCCGUGCAAAGAGACAUCCCGGCGACAGCGGCCCCGCAGCCUCCAGGAGCCUGGGCUCAGCUUCUCCGGCUCGGCAUCCUUGUCAGUUCAGGGAGCUGCACUACCGCCACCAGCGCGUCAGGGAGGGGAAAUCCUUCCCGAGGGACAGCCAGGCAGCAGGGUGGCCUGCCCACGCCGAGCUCCUGUCCCCCCAGGCGUGGUGCGGCAGGGAUGAGGAGCCGGCAGCGGAUGUUUGCCGCGGUGAUGCGCCUGCUCCUCAAGUGCCUGCGGCUGGGCCGGCGGCGGCGCUUCAAGCUGGUGCGGCACGUGGAGCAGCUGUGGCACUACGGGCACCUCUGCCUCCGCUCCCUGCUCUACAACUCCUUCACCAACGGCGAUGUGGUGCUUGACUCUCUCUUCGAGCCGGUCUACUGGCUGGUGGACCAUGUUACCCGGUGGUUUGGUGUGGUGUUUGUGGCACUGGUGAUUGGGCUGACGAGCUCUAUUGUGGCCAUCGUGUACAUCUGCCUGCUGCCCCUCAUCCUGCAGACCUACACACCUGCCUGGAUAUGCUGGCACCUCGCCUAUGGACACUGGAACCUCAUCAUGAUUGUCUUCCACUACUACAUGGCUAUCACCACUUCACCUGGGCACCCACCACAGGCCAAGAACGACCUCACUGGUGUGUCCAUCUGCAGGAAAUGCAUUGCCCCUAAGCCAGCUCGCACCCAUCACUGCAGCAUCUGCAACAGGUGUGUGCUGAAGAUGGACCAUCACUGCCCCUGGCUAAACAACUGUGUGGGACACUACAACCACCGCUACUUCUUCUCUUUCUGCUUGUUCAUGACCAUGGGCUGCAUUUACUGCAGCAUCAGCGGCUGGGAGAUGUUCCGGGAUGCCUACGCAGCCAUUGAGAGAAUGAAACUGCUUGAGAAGGAGAGACUGCAGGUGGCUGCCAACCAGACAUACUACCAGACCCCACCACCCACCUUCUCCUUCCGCCAGAGAGCUUUCCACAAGAGCGUGGUCUACCUCUGGGUCCUGUGCAGCUCGGUUGCACUGGCCCUGGGUGCCCUGACGCUGUGGCACGCUGCCCUCAUUACCCGUGGGGAAACGAGCAUCGAACGGCACAUCAACAGAAAGGAGAGGCAGAGACUGCAGAAGAAAGGCAAGGUGAGCAUAGCCAAUGGCACGGGGGCUGGCUGGGGCAGAGCCAGACGUGAUGUGCCUCUCCCUGUCCUGCAGGCCUUCAGGAACCCCUACAGUUACGGCAGCUGGGAUAAUUGGAAGGUGUUCCUGGGUGUGGAUGUGCCAAGGCACUGGCUCACCCGUGUCCUGCUGCCCUCUCCUCACCUGCCCCACGGGACAGGCCUGAGCUGGGACCUGCCUCCCUGUGUGACGGAGCAACGCACGCCACUCCUGGCCAUCUGAGGCCCUGUGCUCUGGACAUCCCUUCCACAGGCAGGGGAGUGCAAUGGGGAACCCACUCCACCACUGCAGCUUCCUUUGGCCAAAGUGCCUGGCAGAAGGCUGGCACAUAUCACUGACUGGAGCCAGAGCUACGGGAAACUGUGGACAGCGCUGGUGCCUGGACACCUGCCCUCUUGGCUCUUGGUGGCUGCAGGCAGCCCAGGGGCGAGGUGGCAGAGCUACUGCUCCCUGCUCCAGCUGGACGGUGCUGCCCUCAUGAGCACAGGUACGGGCCAGCAUUGGCCCAGCUCAGCUCUCUGAAGGGCUGGGCGCAGAGGAUGCCACCCCCACGUGCUCCCUGGGGAGUCUUUUUAAGAUCAUCUACUAAAUACUGUUUUUUUUUAA